AGCUGGAUUACAGAAAUGAAAGAAGAUGAGUAUAAAAUGCGAUAUGCUACAACUGAAGUUUUCAAAGAAAAUGUGGAAAAUUUACCACCAAUUCGUAGUUCAGAGAACCAUCAUUCCCUAAGUCAGAAUAAAACUGCAAAAACAAAGCAAAAGAAGAAAAAUAUACCAAGGGACUACAGAGAAUGGGAUAAGUUUGAUGUGGAAAAAGAAUGUUCCAAAAUUGAGGACCAAGAAGACAAUUAUUCUAAAACCAGCAUUAAUGAUACCAUAAAAUUACCAAAUGCAGAGAUAAACACAACAGGUAUGACUACAAAAGAAAAGACAUCUGCUGCUCAUCGUGAAAAAGAAAAAGGUAAUGAAGCAUUUGUCACAGGUGACUAUAAAGAAGCAAUUGCAUACUAUAGUCGGAGCAUAUCUGCAUUCCCUACUGUAGCUGCAUACAAUAACAGAGCUCAGGCAGAAAUAAAACUCCAGAACUGGCAGAAUGCUCUUCAAGACUGUGAGACUGUAUUAAAAAUGGAACCUGAAAAUAUAAAAGCUCUUAUACGUCGUUCCACUGUUUAUAGAAAUCUACAGAAUUUUAAAGCAGCUGCUGAAGGUUUGAGGAAAGUAUUACAUAUUGAUCCAAAAAAUGCCAUAGCUGAA